CCGUCUGCCCAACCUUCUUAUUCAUUUUUUUUUUUUGGUUAUUUCUUGGAACGGGGAAAACUGCUUUUAAAGCUUCGUCCAUCUUCGUCGUUUUUUCAUUGUCAUUUUCUAUUCUUCCAUCUCUUCACACACUUUCACAGUAAUACUAUUAGUACAAUUUUUUUUCCUUUAUAAAAAAAUAUAACAAACAAUUUUCUUCGAAUCAAUUCUCAUAAUUCAAAAUAAAGAAAAAGAAAUAUUUACUAUAUAUAUCUAAAAUCUCACUACGAACCUACGCUGUUCUGCGAAUCUCGAGCGCUUCACUAGUGGUGGUGUGCAUGGCGAUUGCAGCGGCAGCUGUCAUCGUUCCUUUGGGCCUUCUCUUCUUCAUCUCCGGCCUCGUUGUUAAUCUCAUUCAGGCACUUUGCUUUGUUCUCAUUCGGCCACUGUCCAAGAACACCUAUAGAAAGAUCAAUAGGGUUGUGGCAGAGUUGUUGUGGCUGGAACUCAUAUGGCUUGUUGAUUGGUGGGCGGGAGUUAAGAUUAAAGUGUUCAUGGAUCCUGAAAGCUUCAAUUUAAUGGGUAAAGAACAUGCCCUUGUUGUGGCCAAUCACAGGAGUGAUAUUGAUUGGUUAGUUGGAUGGCUUUUGGCUCAGCGUUCAGGAUGUCUUGGCAGUGCAUUAGCUGUAAUGAAGAAAUCCUCAAAAUUCCUUCCGGUUAUAGGUUGGUCAAUGUGGUUUUCUGAGUAUCUGUUUUUAGAACGAAGCUGGGCCAAAGAUGAAAACACGUUAAAGGCAGGUCUUCAACGUUUAAAGGACUUCCCACGGCCAUUUUGGUUGGCUUUUUUUGUAGAAGGGACUCGCUUCACACAAGCAAAGUUUCUAGCAGCUCAAGAAUAUGCAGCCUCACAAGGAUUGCCCAUACCUAGAAAUGUUUUAAUUCCUCGUACAAAGGGUUUUGUUUCAGCUGUAAGUCAUAUGCGUUCAUUUGUACCAGCCAUUUAUGAUAUGACAGUGGCUAUUCCAAAAAGCUCGCCUUCACCUACAAUGCUUAGACUUUUCAAGGGGCAACCUUCUGUGGUGCAUGUGCACAUCAAGCGGUGUCUCAUGAAGGAACUGCCUGAAACAGAUGAGGCUGUUGCACAAUGGUGUAAAGAUAUGUUUGUAGAGAAGGACAAGUUGCUGGACAAACAUAUAGCUGAGGACACUUUCAGUGACCAACCAAUGCAGGAUCUUGGUCGGCCGAUUAAGUCUCUUUUGGUUGUUGCCUCUUGGGCUUGUCUUAUGGCUUAUGGGGCUCUCAAAUUCCUACAAUGUUCUUCACUUUUGUCCUCAUGGAAGGGCAUUGCAUUCUUCUUAGUUGGCUUGGCCAUUGUUACCAUCCUCAUGCACAUCUUGAUUCUCUUCUCUCAGUCAGAGCGUUCAACUCCUGCCAAGGUUGCACCAGGGAAACCCAAGAAUGACGGGGAGACUUCAGAGGCAAGACGGGACAAACAGCAGUAGAUCAGAGCUUCCUUCCAAGAUAUCCAUAUGAAACGAAGCCCGUCUGCAGUCAUAUUUUCAUAAACCUACAGUAUGUGUAGUAUCUGUAUCACUUUCAUUUUAGACUUGUUUGAAGCAUGUCUUUGAUUAUCAGAUGAUAGGUUUGUAUGCAUUAUCAAUUCUUUGUUUUCUGGUAAACUAGGGUAAUUUUUGUAUAGACGGUUAAAAAUGGCUGUGGUUACAUUAGGCUAGCCCUAGUGUUUCAUUACGAUAGCUCUUUGGCGGAUAUAGGAGUUUUUGGGUUGUUGAAUCUUAAAAUUAUAUAAUUCACUUGCCUUCAUAGUUUUCAUUUUCUUCACCAA